GUUUUGAAUCCAGCACAUCCUUUAGUCUCUCCAGGAUGAUGCAGCAUAAUAUUUUGCUUGGGGUAUAGAGGAGCGUGAUUCUGCGCCAGUCCUUGCAAACACUGAAGUCUCCCAUCUUCAGAAGCUUAACAAGGUAGCCUUUCGUCCAAUCGCCAGGUAACUUUCGUGGCUUCCAUACCUUCUGCAAUAGUGGUGUGAGCAUGUCCGAUGCUGUUGUCUCUGCGUCUGCUCUCAGUGCUUCUGACGGGAUCCCAUCUGGUCCUGCUGCUUUCCCACAUUUCAGUAGCUUUAUGGCGCUCAGGACUUCCACUUUUGUUGGAGGAUUUAUGUUCACUUGUAGUUCUGUGGCUGCAGGUGGUAUUUCUGGACGAAGUGCAGCUGGUGUUGGUGGUCGAUUCAAGAGCUUAUUGAAGUGGUCGGCCCAUCGUUUCCUUUGUUUCUCUUCUUUGGUAAUUAGAUUUCCGUCAUCGUCUUUUAUUGGUUUCGUCUGCGUUGAUCUCUUCCCAGAUAGUAUUUUGGUUAUUUGGUAUAAUGUUAUCAGGUCUCUCCUACCAGCAGCCUGUUCUGCUUCAGUUGGUAGUGUGUCGUAGAGGUGUCUUUUGUCUUUCCGCACACUCUUCCUCACUUCUCUGUCCAGUGUAGUGUCUUAUAGGAUGUGUUCAGUUCCUCUUCUCGUCGUUCAUCCUCGCACUGGUUUGUCUUCUGCUUCACCAUCCUCCUCUCCCUGAUCUAUCAGCUUCCAUAUGUCCUUCCAGAUCCAUUCCUUAUCUUCUUUCUUCUUCCUUCCUUAUUACGGCUGUGCAGAUUUCUUUCCACAUAGCUUUCAAAG